AUGUCCACGGUCGACAGCCCCUUGCUAGGGCACAGGCCUCAGCACCAGCCUCAAGCGGAUGUUGAGCAUCCACUGUACCACGGUAAACGACGGGAGGCUUCCGGCUCCAAUAUUAUCAAGGUUCUAGCUGUCUUCUGGACGUUCUUGAUCAUGGGAGCGGUCGAUGCAGCAUAUGGGCCUUUGAUUCCGUACCUUGAAAAAUACUACAACAUCUCCCACGCCACCGUUUCGCUUUUAUUCCUAUCACCCGUUUGUGGCUACACGCUUGCCGCACUGCUGAACAGCGAAAUCCACGUUCGGGUGGGCCGUCGUGGCAUCGCUUUCAUUUCAGCGAUCUGCCACUUUCUAACGUUUAGCAUCGUUGCCCUGCAUCCUCGAUACCCUAUUGUUGUGGUAUCUUUUGCGCUGUCUGGGUUCGGAACCGGGCUAGCAGACUCGGGAUGGAACGCUUGGAUAAGCAGCCUGCCUCGCUCGAACGAACUACUGGGGAUGCUGCAUGGCUUGUAUGGACUGGGAGCUGUGCUAAGCCCGUUGAUUGUGUCUGGACUGGUAACUAGGGCUAAAGUUCCAUGGUUUUACUUUUACACUAUCAUGGCUGCGUGCGCUACUCUUGAAGUAGUUGUCUGCACAAUCGCCUUUUGGGGGGAUAGACCGAUUACCCGAGAGGAGGGGGAUGAUCACCAUCAGAGUGAACAUGGUAGCCUGAAACAUGCUCUUUUCCAGCAGCCAUAUGCUCGGGUGACUUGGAUCUGUGCACUCUUCCUGCUUAUUUACGUUGGGAUUGAAGUCGCUUUGGGUGGAUGGACGGUGGUUUUCAUGAUGCAGGUACGCCACGGUAGCCCAUUUGCCAGCGGCAUGGCUGUUACGGGAUUUUGGCUGGGCAUCACCUGUGGCCGCAUAUUUCUCGGAUUCGUUACACCGCUGAUAGGCGAAGAACCGGCAGUUACAAUAUAUUCUGUGCUGGCGAUAAUCUCUGGCUUCAUCUACUGGCUCGUUCCGAAUUUCAACGUCUCCGCAGUUGCAGUAUCGCUACAAGGCUUCUUCCUGGGUCCUCUGUUCCCGGUCCUCAUCGCAGUGGCCACCAAGUUGCUUCCGCAAUCCUUGCACGUGAGCUCUAUUGGAUUUGCCUCGGCCAUUGGAGGGGCUGGAGCUGCAUUGAUGCCAUCUGCAAUCGGUGCAGUUGCAGAAGCGAAAGGAGUCCAGAUUCUGCAGCCCUUCAUUCUGGGGCUUUCAGGUGUGGCGCUGGUGUUGUGGAUGUCUUUGUGGUGGAUUUCGAAAGAGAAUUCAAGGACGUCGAGUUAA